GAAUCUGACAUUAAGCUGCUAUUCACAUGUUAACGUCAACAAAAAAAACCAGCGCGCGGCUCAUCUUAAAACUAUCAACUGCGUAAAUAAAAUUAAAUAAUAUUUAACAAUCGAAUAAACAUGGACGAAGAGUAUCAGUCAAGCCCCCAAUUGCUGAAGGAGCCUUUAUCAUUUGCGGAACUUAUUGUUGCCGGCGCACAUUUUGAAGUGCACACUGCUAACAAUGACUAUGCGGUUGAAUAUGACGAUGGGAUGGACGAAGAGAGUGAAAAUGGAGUUGAUCAUGAGGCCCUUAUAUCACCAUGGACACGCUCCUUUGACGAGCUGCGCCAGUUUAUGACGCCCAUUAGUGAGCACAUCUACAAGCGCAUUAUGCGUGCUGGCAUCAAAGAGCAGGGCCUGGUGCCCGACAAGGCGAGAGUUGCAUUGCGCUAUAGCGCUUAUUGGGAAGGGGAGGAAGCACCCUUUGAUUCAUCCCUGCUGCGUGGCUCCAAUUUUGAAUUCGAAACGGGCAAAGGAAAUGUGUUGGAGGGCUUGGACGCAGCUGUGCGCAGUAUGCAGGUCUAUGAGCAGGCUGAGUUUAUAAUAUCUUACCAUUUGCUGUUCCAUGAGCUUGGCUGUCCUCCGCGCAUUAAGCCCAAAGCGGAUGCAUUGUUCAAGGUGGAAGUCAUAAGCUUUACACCAGUAGGUGAUGGGAAUUCGCUGGAGGAUAUAGCACCAGAAGAUCGCAACAAGUUUGCCAUUGUGUAUCCCAGGGCGCAGGAUAUGCAUUUGCAUGGCAAGGACUGCGCCAAGCGUGGCUCCUAUCGUCCUGCUGUAAAUGCUUUUGAACGUGCCAUUGAUUCGCUCAACUACUGCCGCAUGGCCGAUGAAAAAGAUGAAGCAAAGCAAACACAAUUGCUCAUCACGCUCUAUACCAAUCUCAUGUUUUGCUUUAAUAAGCUCAAUCAAGCUGGCAAAGCUUGCAUUAUGAUGAAAGCAGUACGCAGACUCACCAAUAAUAAGCCAUCAUGCAAGGCUUUAUUCCAGGAAGGCCGCGCUUUGGCCGCCUUAGGUGACUACGAACAUGCGCGCAAGGUAUUUGUACAAGCUCAGGCCAAGCAGCCGAACAACAAAGAGAUUAGCGCGGAGAUCAUUAAUAUUGAGCAGCGCGUAAGCAAGUAUAAGAAGGAAAUGCGCGAGAUUUGGCAGCGUGCGAUGUCCGUCAAGCAGGAGGAGCCGCAGUCUAAGCAAAAUACUGACAUCGAAGAUCACCAGUAUAAACACAAGUUUGAGGCACAGCUUGAGACGUUUGGAAAGUCCAAUGCGCAGACAAUCAACAUAAGCCGUACAAUCUUAUCAGACAAGGAAUUUGAGACACUGCGUCUGCUGGCCACAAAGCAGAACAUGAAAUUGAGUCUGUCACCGCUCGAUGUGGAUCAGCUGAUGCUGUCGAAAUUAAAAAUUAAAGAUUAGCUAACAGUAACAACAAUGUUAAAAGC